AUGCUGCUGGAUGGUAUUUUACAAGAUUUGUCUGUUAAUUGCCACAGCGUUGAUAAGCCCAUCCUUCUGGAAGUGCGGCAGCUAGACCUGGUGGGCAUUGAGAUCGAGGAAACUCGGCAAAACAUUGACAAGAUAUCCGAGCACGUGGAAGAGGCUAAGAAACUCUACAGUAUCAUCCUGUCUGCACCGAUUCCAGAGCCAAAAACCAAGGAUGACCUAGAGCAGCUCACGACCGAGAUCAAGAAAAGGGCCAACAACGUCCGGAACAAACUGAAGAGUAUGGAGAGGCACAUCGAGGAAGAUGAGGUCCGGUCGUCGGCCGACCUUCGGAUUCGAAAAUCCCAGCAUUCCGUCCUGUCCCGGAAGUUUGUGGAGGUGAUGACCAAAUACAACGAGGCUCAGGUGGACUUCCGUGAACGCAGUAAAGGGCGAAUCCAGCGGCAGCUCGAAAUCACCGGCAAAAAGACCACAGAUGAGGAGCUGGAGGAGAUGCUGGAGAGUGGGAACCCCGCCAUAUUCACUUCUGGGAUCAUGGACUCCCAGAUUUCCAAGCAAGCCCUCAGUGAGAUCGAGGGGCGGCACAAGGACAUUGUGAGGCUGGAGAGCAGCAUCAAGGAGCUUCAUGACAUGUUUGUGGACAUCGCCAUGCUGGUGGAGAAUCAGGGUGAGAUGCUAGAUAACAUAGAGCUGAAUGUCAUGCACACAGUGGACCAUGUGGAGAAGGCACGGGAAGAAACGAAAAGAGCUGUGAAGUACCAGGGUCAGGCCCGGAAGAAAUUGAUAAUUAUCAUUGUGGUAGUAGUGGUGUUGCUGGGCAUUUUAGCAUUGAUUAUUGGACUUUCCGUUGGGCUGAAGUAAUGGCGGCCCGAGUGGUUGCUGCACUGAAAUAACCCGAUUUCACUCCAGCCUGGUGUGGCCACCCUUGUCUUCAGACGGGAACAGAGUUUGAAUGGCCUUCCUGUGAGAGAGUGCGACCUGUUCCUUUGUUUCCUUGUAACCGUCCUUGGACCUGACCCAGCAAACAAUUUAGCCCCGGAGGAAGCUAAUCUACCUGAUGCAACCCUGAGUUCUCCUCAAAACCUUCUCCUGCCCCACCAACUCUGAAGUGCCUUCUCUCCCAGACAGUACGAACCAACCCAGCUUCUCUUUGUUCCCUCUGAAUGUGUCAAAUUAUGCCUUGCACCUUGGAAAGCCCAUUCCAAACCUUCCCAAGGUGCUGUAUUUUCUACCUCAUGGAGUAUUCUCCUUCCAGAAAUUGCAGUGUAUUUUGUAGGGGGUUAUCGUUAACAACACAAAGGAUUCUUCCAAGUGUGGCAACAAUAAGACUUGGCUUGAGCCUUCUACUUGGCAGGGUCUUGGUCCUCACAGUUUGUUUUCCCUAUGUCUUGAAAAUAUGUGGAACUGGCAGAUGUCAUUUUGGUCUUAGAAGCUGACUUGUUUGAAGUUCAAUUUUAAAUUAAGCUCUUAGUAUGUUCAGCUUGGUGGCCAACUUCAAUCUUUAUGUUGUAUUCUCUCAUGUUUACUCAAGGAGGCACCAGCAUGAUACGAUUGUCCUAGGUUACCAUUUGUAAAGGCUGAGGGUAUGAGAUAUUUGUUUCCCUCUCUGACUCUUGGAAACUGGCUGUUCUCCAUUGGAGUGAUGUUUUGUGAAGCCAUUGCCUUGAGGUGAAAAAUAACCAGGCACUUAAAAUUGGGCCAGGGACAAGGUGCUUGAGUCUCAGGCUCUGGAAAUGCUCAGAUUGGUGCGAGUAUUCAGUCACUCAUUUCAUAUAUUCCAGAUGUAUUUUUAUAAUCAUGUGUGUGAGACGUAUGUAUAUAUUUGCCCGUGUCACUCAGGAAGUAGGAAACUAGAAAUGGAGAAUAUUAUAACCUCGAAACAAACAAACAAACAGACAAACCAACAGGCUAAAAAUUAGGUAAGAGACAUUUGCUUAUCUGCAAAUGAAUCAUAGUAGAAAUGUGAUCUUCUGGUGUCAUCGAGAAACCUUGUUUUCUGGUGAGUACUGGGACAAUCAUAGAUCUUUGGGGUGAGGACUAAGUUGACCCCCUUAAGUUUUUCUGCUUAGCAGACAGAAGGUGUGACAAGUUUUGGCACCUCUCCCCACUGCUGCAUAGGUGAGGCUUGUCCUGAGAACAUCCCAGAGCAAUUUGAGAUCAUUCCCGUGGCCUUUAGGAUGAUCCCGUCUCCAGGGCUGAGUCAGCUGGGGGAGACCGGGGACUACUGAGUAGCUGGUAUUACUACCACGUUAAUGAGCUUGACAGGUUCUUUGUCUCCCCCAAUUCUUGUCAUGUAGGAAGCAACAGCCAGGAAAUGAUUUCAAGUGUAGUGACUAUGCUGACCCCCUGAGAUUCUCUGCCAGUCUCCCUGAUGUAUAGUUUAGCUUUAACUUUCUAGGAUAGGGUGAGCACCUAAUCCAGGGACUACCCCUUGGCUUCCUUUGCAAAGGCUAUGUACUUCAUCAUUGCUCAGCACUCAGACAGAGCCAAGGGGAUGCCUUCUUACCCAUGGCUAUGAAGUCAGGACAGUGGACAGGCUCCACCAACAAGGGAAGACAAGCUCUAAUCACAGGUCUUUGUUGAGCCCUGGGGCUUAGUUUGGAAUACAAGUGAAGGGUUUUUUUGUCAUUUGUAUUUUUUAAAUGUAAACUUGAUUAUUUUAUUGAUAAUUUAAAAAUAAAUUACUUUAUAUUGAUUGUGAAACAGUUCUGGCUCUAUUUCCCUGCAAAAUAGUGGUUGGGUGCCACCAU